AUGGAGAAAUCGGUCGCCGAAACCGCAAGUCCUGUUCCCAAUGAUCGACCUCAUCCGAUGAGCGAAGCAGUUGCCUCCCAAGAACCAGAAAAUACCCAAUCCGACAUCCACAAUCCUGCCAACUUAGAUCUAGUUGAUGACCGUGACGUCCAAUAUGAAACAGGGAUCAGAUUGGCUACUAUUAUAUCCUCAGUGACCUUGACUGCCUUUCUUAUAACACUCGAUGGGUCCAUAAUCGCUACGGCAAUCCCUAAAAUCACCAGCCAGUUUCAUUUUCUCUUCCGGAAGUUGGGUGACUGCUUACAAUCCACAAGCUCUGCUCUCCAGCCAGUGACAGGCAAGCUGUAUGCUCAUUUCAGUUUGAAGUAUACUUACAUAACAUUCCUUGCCCUUUUCGAGUUUGGGUCGUUAAUAUGUGGUGUUGCAACCUCGUCCAACAUGUUGAUAAUAGGGAGAGCAAUUGCCGGCAUGGGUAGUUCUGGGGUGGGAAACGGGGCACUCACAAUAUUGUCUGCUUCCAUACCUCUUGAAAAGAGAGCUCUAUAUUUCAGUAUCACGGCAUCAGUUGGCCAGAUGGGUGUUGUACUUGGCCCAUUAAUUGGAGGCGCAUUGACAGAAUACACGACCUGGAGAUGGUGCUUCUACAUUAAUCUUCCCAUUGGUGGACUAGCAAUAGCUUCUUUAGUUUGGGUAGCAGUGCCCAACACCAGCUCUGAAGGGCCUAAACAAAUGAACUUCACCUCUCUAUUCCAUGAACUCGAUAUCACAGGCUGCCUUUUGUUUUCUCCGACCAUGGUCAUGUUUCUUCUUGCUAUUGAAUGGGGUGGAUCGACUUACCCUUGGAAUAGUGCCGUGAUUAUUGGUCUCUUCUGCGGAGCUGCUGGUAAUCUUGCUCUUUUCUUGAUCUGGGAACACAAAAAGGGAGAAUCUGCAAUGAUUCCCUUUCAAAUGGUCAAAAAACGCGCGGUUUAUUCCGCUGGUUUAUGCGUAUUCUUUCUAUACGCGAAUAACUUGAUGACAUCGUACUAUCUUUCCAUAUAUUUCCAAGGGGUACGAGGCAAGACGCCAACAUUGAGUGGCGUGUAUAUGCUGCCAGGAAUUAUCAGUCUGAUGGUCUCUGGUAUUACAGCUGGGCUCACAGUCACCCGAGUUGGUUACUAUUUGCCGUUGGCAGUUAUCGGUACAGUCUUAACAGCUGUUGGGUCUGGGUUGAUAAGCACAUUCACUCAGUACACAAAAACUGGCACCUGGAUCGGCUAUCAAAUCAUCGGUGGGUUAGGACGAGGUUUGUCGAUGCAAAUGCCGCUUGUAGCAGUCCAAAAUAACCUACCUGCCUCGCAAAUUGCCGUCAGCAUGGCCUUUCUUAGUUUCAGUCAAAAUUUUGGUGGAUCACUGUUUCUUUCCUUUGCUGAGACGGCUUUUGGUAUCGGUCUUGGGAACGCUCUACCCAGGUAUGCACCAGGCGUUCCUGUUGACAAAAUUUCAUCUAUUGGUGUGUCGGGAAUACGAUCGAUGUUACCACAGAGUGAUGUGGAAGGUGUGAUUAUGGCCUAUGCCAUUGCUGUCCAGCAGGUUUUCUAUAUUGUGGCUGCGACUGCGACUGUUGCUUUUAUUUUCAGUUGGGGAUUGGGAUGGAAGAGCGUUAAGAAAGCUAGGAAUACGUCUCCUGAAGCUUGA